AUGGUGGUGUUUGUCGACCUUGACGAUGCAGUUCCCGGAUCGGCAUUAGAGAAGCCCUUCCAGCUAAAGGUCGACCCCAUUUCGGCUUCCGCCGAAUUACCCCCAUCUCCAGCUUGGUCGGAAGAGGCUGAUGCCCAAUCUGUAAACCGAAAUGGGUUCUCAGCGGCGUUGAGCUGUUAUCCUAUAAUCAAAGAGAUCACUCGAGCCAUCGACCUUACUACUCUUCACGCCCUGUCGAGUGUAUGUCGCCAAUUCCACGUGAACCUGGCACCAUAUCGCCACCAAUUAGUGAGAGAGACUCUCCGGUGCGAAAAUGAAUACAUCGAAACUCUAGCAGAGUUGCUCCAUGAAGGUGCUGUCAUCCCAGACAGCGUUAAAUCGGUCAUUCAGCUUCUCAGUCGCGGAAAUGGUGACCCGAGCCGCAUGACUCGCGGUAAAGUGGGCAAGUGUGCACGCGACAUGGUGGGCGAAUGUCGUCGUUGCGCCAAGGUUGUCUGUCGGAACUGCACCGUCAAACCUCCCAAUAAGCACGCCCUUAAAGGUCGCAUCCGUCGCCUUUGUCGACCCUGUGGCACUGUACCACUCUCUGCCCACCUCGCCCGAAACUCCGACCCACACUCUGGCCCCUGGGACGAAGACAGCGUUGCUGCUUUGGCCUUUGCACGUACGCCAUGCAAUUGCGAAGAAGCUGUUUGGCUGUGCACGCAAUGCGGGCAGACCCUGCGCAGCAAUGACACAACCUACCGUCGUGUCUGGGCUUGGCGGACAAGGUAUAGCACAUAUCUAGGGGGUGUGGGGACGGGAAUUGGCGAGGGCUGCCAAGGUGUCAAGUGUGGGCGAGGCGAAGGUUGUCUCGCCUCACAGGAGAUUGAGCUUGAAGUCGAUUGCGAGGCCGAUGAGGGGUCUAGCAGCGAUAGUAGCAGAUCUGGAAGUCCUGCGGGGCAUGCGCCAUAUUACCAUGAAAAUGGUAGUCCGAUUGAUGGCCAUGACGAGGACCAGCCUGGAUAUUUCAGGCAGGAGGUAAUUGGGAUUGGAGGCGUUGUUAAGCACAAGUCUAAGAAGAGAGUUAACGUCGGGGCUUGUGUUGCUGAGUACGAAGAUGAAAGGGAGACGGGCAAUUACCUUGUUCGUGAAGAAGAGGGUUUGCAUCGUGCUUGGUGCGGCUGGUGUUCGAGGGUCAUUCCCGCGAAGAGCGAGAAUCUUUGA